AGUAGCCGCGCGUCCUCAGCAGCAAACGGAAUUGGAAGCUUCAUCAGAAGGUGCUGUUUUCAGUUCAAGCUGAAGAGGCUUCUCCGCGUUCAGUCAAUUGGUGUAUGUGUAUCGUUGCUGUGAGAGGGUGGUUCGAACAGGCCACCCUCUUUUCUCUCUUCGAGCCGAACGCUCGUUCAACCCUGAGUAACUUGCUCAAAGGGCAUCCGGUGCGUGGGUGUCGCGUCUCAUUACAUGUGUUUAUGUGCGUUUUUCACCUCAUCCGUCUGGAAUAGAUGACACCUUUCUGCACGUAGGCCUGUGUUUAUAGUUGGGAUUGUCCUUUUCUCUCCACCUCCGUCCUGCUUCGGUCUUCUGGCAGUCGACGGCUUCCAAGGACUCCGGAGGACCUUUCAAAGUUUAGAGAAUAAUGGAAGAGGAUGACGAGGAGACCACCCAGAGCCUGUCGAAGGCAUCUUCGACGGUGACGCUGACCCAGCAGAAUGUGUCUGUAUCGAGGACGUCCUCAUUUAUCCUUGGUGAACACCUGGGGCACAUACCAAAAUGCCAGAUAGUGACGCACCAAGCGAGCGGCGACUCUUUGGAGAGCGAAGAGUCGACGUCUACGAGAGCGUCGCCGCAUUACUCGCUGCUGAGCAAAUCGCCGCAUUCCAGUUCCUCCCAAGAGGAUUACGAGCCGAAGGGGCAAUUCCUGUCUACGGGAAUCCGCACGGAGGCUGCCAGAAGCAUGGAAAGUUUGCGGACAACCUCCCGCAGUUUCCUGUCCACAGGAAGCGAACGCGACGUGCGGCGCUUCAUGUCGGAGAGUGUUGAGUGUCUCGAAUCCAGGGAGUCCAGACUGAAGAGGCACGCAGUCAGCGGCGAAGGUUCGCUUAUAUCCAUGGGCGCCUCCGAGGAGACGAUAAGCGCGGAAAGGCGAAGAGGUCUGUGGUCGGGUCGUGUGCCUCAACAUCUGAGUCUUCCGCCUCCUGCAGGUUACCUCUCGUUGAGUCCUGGCGAUAGGAAACUCACAAUAUUAUCGCCGCACUCUCCGCUACGUGCUCCAGAUCUUAUGCAUCUCACGUUAAGCUCCAAGACUCGCAGGAGAAAGAUCAUGUUGCCUAAGCUCAUCCUACCACGAAGCGACUCCGAAAUCAGCGAUGUUUUCUCUGAAGGAUUCGAUUUCGACGUAGAGAAUGGCGCGAGUCCUGGAAGGAGCCCCCUGGAUGGGGCUGCAUCCCCAUCGGCCGGUCUCGUUCUUCAGAAUCUUCCGCAGAGACGCGAGAGUUUCCUCUACAGAUCCGACAGCGACUUCGAGAUGUCCCCCAAGUCCAUGUCGAGGAACUCUUCCAUCGCCAGCGAAAGAUUCAAGGAGACAGAAAGCGUCUUGGAUCGAUCCCAUGGAGAGGAUCUUAUCGUCACACCGUUUGCACAAAUUUUGGCCAGUCUCCGGAGCGUCCGCAACAAUUUCCUCUCACUCACCAAUGUGCCCACCAACAAAUCUCGGCGAUCCUCCGGAGCCGCCGCUGGGCCAACCCCGCAGCCCAGAAAUUACGUCCCCGGUGAUGAGGGUUACAUGAAGAUGGCUUUGGAAACAAUGGAGGAGCUGGAUUGGUGCUUGGAUCAAUUGGAAACCAUCCAGACCCAUCGCUCGGUCUCCGAUAUGGCUUCUUUGAAGUUCAAAAGGAUGCUCAACAAGGAGCUGUCGCACUUCUCGGAGUCCAGCAAAUCGGGAAAUCAAAUAUCAGAGUACAUCUGCUCCACUUUCCUCGAUAAACAACAAGAGUUGGAUAUACCAUCAUUGCGCAUCGAUGAAGAUAGCGAAGCAGUAUCCAAGGCGGCUCCACGCAAGGAGCGUCCUAGGGGUGCGCACACCACGAUGUCCCAGAUAUCGGGGGUGAAAAAGCCGUUGUGCCACACGAAUUCGUUCACUGGUGAACGUUUGCCGAUGCACGGUGUUGAGACACCCCAUGAGGAAGAUUUAGAAAAGAGUUUGGUUGAUAUCGAGAGAUGGGGUGUGGACAUCUUCCGCAUCGGCGAGCUGAGCAACGGCAGGCCGUUGACCUGCAUCGCUUACACUAUCUUCACAUCGCGCGAUCUGCUGAAGCACAUGCUGAUCCCACCAAAGACCUUCAUCACGUUCAUGAUGACCCUGGAGGAUCACUACGUGAAAGACAACCCGUUCCACAACUCGCUGCACGCAGCCGACGUUACGCAGAGCACUCACGUGCUCUUGAACACACCAGCUUUGGAGUCGGUGUUCACUCCUCUAGAAAUCACUGCGGCUCUAUUCGCCGCCUGUAUCCACGAUGUCGAUCAUCCCGGCCUGACCAACCAAUUCCUCAUCAACUCCAGUUCUGAGCUGGCGCUGAUGUAUAACGACGAGAGCGUCCUCGAGAACCACCAUCUGGCCGUAGCGUUCAAGCUACUGCAGAACGAGGGAUGCGACAUCUUCGCCAACCUAAGCAAGAAGCAGCGCCAGACACUGCGCAAGAUGGUCAUCGACAUGGUCCUAAGCACAGACAUGUCAAAGCACAUGAGCCUUCUGGCCGACCUUAAAACUAUGGUCGAGACUAAAAAGGUAGCCGGUUCCGGCGUCCUCCUGCUCGACAACUACACAGACCGCAUCCAGGUGCUGGAGAACCUGGUGCACUGCGCGGACCUGAGCAACCCAACCAAACCGCUUGCUCUGUACAGGCGAUGGGUCGAUCUGCUGAUGGAAGAGUUCUUCCAGCAGGGCGACCGCGAACGUGAAGCGCGCAUGGACAUCAGCCCCAUGUGCGAUCGCCACUCGGCGACCAUCGAGAAGUCCCAGGUCGGCUUCAUCGAUUACAUCGUGCACCCACUCUGGGAGACCUGGGCGGACCUCGUCCAUCCAGACGCACAAGAUAUCCUGGACACCCUCGAGGAGAACAGAGAUUGGUACCAGAGCAUGAUCCCGCCGAGUCCGCCUGCGGAGGAGGUGCCGGACCCCCAAAGACCCGGCAUCCGGUUCCAAGUAACGGUUGAGGAGGGCGAAGAGGCUCCGAUGUGACGGAGGAUGGUGAGCCUCUGCAGGAAGCUGACCGAAAAGGUGCAGCAGUGGUGGCGUGUGCGGCAAUAAGGCGCUGGCGCCCCGCACCGCCACCCCGCGCUGGCGCGGCCUUUUGUUAUACAUAAAUAUAAAUUAUAUAAUAUAUAAAGAAAACAAAAACAAAAAACAAAACAAAAAAAAAACAGAGAAAAAGAAGAAGUAAUAUAUAAUCGCUUUUGACUGAAUCUCGUGUCCCCUGGGAGUUUAUUAUGUUUAUUCUGUCCCAUGCCUUACCAUGUAGUAGAUGAGGUGCCCCGCUCUCAGUACUGAUACAUCUGUAUAUAUUUCAUAUUGUCUGUUGGUGUAAUACUCAGCCCCCCCUUUCCCCCAUAUAUGUAUAGAUACUACGUGUCAUGUCAGCUGAUGUACCACAAGAAUAAAGCUCUCUCCAUUUUAAUGUCUACAAUUUAUUUUGUAUUAUUAUUACUAUGUUAUUCUCUAAUUUUACCUUCCCAAAUUGGAAGCAAAAGAAGCAGCAAACAACAACAGAUAGUCUUGUUUAUUAUCAUUGGAAGAGAGAACAAACAAAUUUUCAAAUCGAAUUGAUUCGGUUUCUUUUAAUUGUCUUUUAAUUCUUUAACAAAAAAAACAAGGGAAUUUGUCGUAACUACAAUAUCCUGUACAAAUUCGACUAAUCCUACAGUACGUAGUAUCUAAUUUGCUAAAAUACCAAAGAGAGAAAAAAAUAAAUAAAAUGCUCUGAGAUAUAUACCUUCUUAUAAACAAAAAAAAUAAAUAAAAUAAAUUCAUGUUAGUGCGUGAUGUAUUUAUAAACAAAUAUAUAUACUACUCUGUUUUUAAUUGCGUAGCAUACGAAAGCACACCACAAGUGUAAACUUAGGAAAGAAACUUUGAUUAGGAGAGAACUUCAAAGCCACAUUUAAAGAAGAAGAAAAAAAAUAAUGAUAUAUAUAUGAUAUGAUAUAUGAUAAUGAAUAUGAUGUUUUUUGCGUUUGUACUAUUCCUCCUAUUACUAUUAUUAUUCGAUUUUCGGAAAGUUCAUUUUAUUUUACUUGAUUUUUCUUUUGACUGACUUGCGAUGGAAAACUGAAUUAAUUGUAUUGUGUUGAUCCUACAAAUACGAAAGCAAUUGUAACUACUUUACUGCGGUUAGUUGUAUGUUAUAUAUAAAAAAAACUUAUGUUAAGUAAAUAUAUAUAUACGAUGAUGAAGUUUGGGGAAGCUCAAGACUAAUCUUUAGACUAAUGCGAGCGAGGGCAGUUUGUAUUUGUAGGAUAAUGACGAUUUUAUUAUUGAAGUGUGUAUUAUUGAACUUGUAUUUGACAUGACUAUAAUAUGAUAAUAAAGUUGGUUUUCUUCUA